AUGGACGAAACAUACAAAGACAGGACUUCAUUAGUGAAAGGGGCAAAAGAUAUUGCCAGAGAGGUGAAGAGGCAAGCGGUGAAAAAAGUGAAUAAAGCUGUUGACAGAGCUCAGGAUGGCUACACACAGAGGUCCUACAACCGAUUCCAGGAUGAGGAAGAUGAUGAUGAUUACUAUGUCACAGGAGGAAAUUAUGGUGUAGAAGCUAAUGAUGAUGAAGGAUCGAGUGAAGCAACUGAAGGGCAUGAUGAAGAUGAUGAAAUUUAUGAAGGGGAGUAUCAGGGAAUCCCAAACAUGGGGCAGGGCAAGGACAGCAUGGUGGCCUUAGGUCAGUCUAUGCGUGAUGAAUAUAAGGAUCGUCAUGAACUGGAAACAGGGAGGAAAGCUGAUGAAGAAGAGCUAGCACAGCAGUACGAACUGAUAAUACAAGAAUGUGGCCAUGGUCGUUUCCAGUGGGCCCUCUUCUUUGUGUUGGGAAUGGCCCUAAUGGCUGAUGGGGUUGAAGUUUUUGUUGUUGGAUUUGUCUUGCCCAGUGCUGAAACAGAUAUGUGCAUACCCAAUUCUGGAUCAGGAUGGCUUGGUAGCAUAGUGUACCUUGGGAUGAUGGUGGGGGCAUUCUUCUGGGGAGGCUUGGCAGACAAGGUGGGAAGGAGACAGUCACUCCUGAUAUGCAUGUCUGUCAAUGGAUUCUUUGCCUUCCUUUCAUCAUUUGUCCAGGGCUAUGGCUUCUUCCUCUUCUGUCGCUUGUUUUCUGGAUUUGGGAUUGGUGGUGCUGUGCCAACAGUCUUCUCCUAUUUUUCGGAAGUGCUAGCUCGGGAGAAACGAGGCGAACACCUGAGUUGGCUCUGUAUGUUUUGGAUGAUUGGCGGCAUCUAUGCUUCUGCAAUGGCUUGGGCAAUAAUUCCUCACUAUGGAUGGAGUUUCAGCAUGGGCUCUGCCUACCAGUUCCACAGCUGGCGAGUAUUCGUGAUUGUCUGCGCACUGCCUUGUGUCUCUUCUGUGGUAGCCCUCACCUUUAUGCCAGAAAGCCCACGUUUCUUGCUGGAGGUUGGAAAACACGAUGAAGCUUGGAUGAUACUCAAGCAAAUUCAUGACACAAACAUGCGUGCUCGUGGUCAGCCUGAGAAAGUCUUCACAGUUAACAGAAUCAAAACUCCAAAGCAGAUAGAUGAGCUCAUAGAAAUAGAGAGCGAUACAGGAACUUGGUACAGGAGGUGUUUCGUUAGAAUUCGCACAGAGCUAUAUGGUAUUUGGUUGACAUUUAUGAGAUGCUUCAACUACCCGGUGAAGGAUAAUACAAUCAAACUUACAGCUGUGUGGUUCACCCUGUCUUUUGGCUACUAUGGCUUAUCUGUCUGGUUUCCCGAUGUCAUUAAACAUCUGCAGUCAGAUGAGUACGCGUUCCGAGUGAAACAUUUCCACAAUGAGGAGGUUUCACAUUUCGUCUUCAACUUCACGCUGGAAAAUCAGAUUCACAGCAAUGGAGAAUACAUCAAUGACAGGUUUGUUAUGAUGAAGUUUAAAUCAGUAACCUUUGAAGAUUCACUUUUUAAGAACUGUGUGUUUGAAGACAUUACUUCGCUGAACACAUACUUCAGGAACUGUACUUUUGUGAAUACCACCUUCCACAACACAGAUCUCGAGAAAUAUAAAUUUGUUGACAGUGAAUUGAUAAAUUGCACAUUUUUCCACAUCAGGACAGGCUGCCAGAUUUCUUUCGAUGACGACUACAGUGCCUACUGGAUUUACUUUGUUAAUUUCCUCGGAACUUUGGCAGUGUUACCGGGGAAUAUUGUGUCCGCUCUCCUGAUGGAUAGAAUUGGACGGUUAACGAUGCUAGGUGGUUCCAUGGUUCUCUCUGGCAUCAGCUGUUUUUUCCUGUGGUUUGGGACCAGUGAAUCCAUGAUGAUAGGUAUGCUCUGCCUCUACAACGGCCUCACCAUUUCAGCCUGGAACUCGCUAGAUGUCAUUACUGUGGAGUUGUAUCCUACAGACAGAAGGGCAACAGGCUUUGGCUUUUUGAAUGCACUGUGCAAAGCUGCAGCUGUACUUGGAAACUUAAUAUUCGGUUCCCUUGUUGGUAUCACCAAAGCAAUCCCUAUUCUCCUUGCUUCUACUGUUCUGGUUUGUGGAGGUCUGGUAGGACUUCGGCUUCCCGACACAAGAACCCAGGUGUUGAUGUAA